AUGGCUGAUGAUUCCUCUGCAGCAAAACUUGGAUUCCAGAUUCAUUCCAGAUCCAUUAGCUUGCCUUCCCGCCCAAAGCCUGAUUCUUUCAACCUCAAAACCUUAGAAUUUCCCUUUUCAGAUUCUUUUAACUCAGAAAAAACCAUUCAAUCUAAUGUUCUGCAACUUGCAGAACUAUACAACAUUGUACAAUGUUGUCUCCUUGAAUCAGAAAAUGCAAGAAAAGCCAAGAACGGGGCGAUAGUGGAAGAGGCACUCGAGGUUUCAGUCGGGUUGCUAGACUCGUGUGGCGCCAUUAGAGAGCUAUACUCUGCAAUGAAGGAAAAUUUACAAAACCUUCAAUCCGGGCUGCGAAGAAAAGGCGAAGAUGAUGCAAGCGUUAUUAGUACUUAUCUUAGGUUGAGGAAGAAGGUUAAGAAGGAGGUGAGAAAGGGCAUCCGGGCACUAAAACAAAUGGAGAACAAAGAACAAUCGUGUUUGCAUGGAAAAAACAACAUGGAAGACCAUACUAUAAUGUUGAAAAGAGUGUGUGUGUUUAGUAUAUCUGUUCUUGGCUCCUUUUUAUCCUACGUUGAUGCUUCAUCGUCUUCAAAGGCAAAUAGCAGGCGUUGGACACCGUUGAUCUCCAAGCUGAUGACAGGAUCAUCAACGGCUGCUAGGGUAGACACAGAAAUGUGCAUGAAUGAAGUGGAGUGUGUAGAUUUUGCUCUGAAAUCUCAUAUGAAGAGCAGAAAGUGUAAGGUUGAUAGGAAAAUGUUAGAGGGAGUUCAUGGGAGGAUUGAAGAGCUUGAGUCUGAGAUUCAUUCCCUUCAGAGACUAUUGAUUCAGCACAGAGUUGUCCUUCUUAACAUUCUUACACCUUAA